ACUACAGUCAUUGAUUAUGUGAAGCCAUCGGACCUUAAGAAAGAUAUGAAUGAGACCUUCAAGGAGAAGUUUCCUCACAUCAAGUUGACACUCAGUAAAAUAAGAAGCUUGAAGCGAGAAAUGCGCAAACUAGCUCAAGAAGAGUGUGGUUUUGAGGAGCCUACUGUGGCUAUGGCCUUUGUCUAUUUUGAAAAGCUUGCUCUCAAGGGAAAACUCAACAAGCAAAACAGAAAGCUCUGUGCUGGAGCAUGUGUCUUACUAGCUGCCAAAAUUGGCAGUGACAUCAAAAAGCAUGAAGUCAGGCAUCUUAUAGAUAAACUGGAAGAAAAGUUCCGCUUGAAUAGACGAGAGUUGAUUGCCUUUGAGUUCCCGGUGUUAGUGGCCUUGGAAUUUGCUCUUCAUCUACCUGAACAUGAAGUGAUGCCACAUUACAGACGUUUGAUCCAGAAUUCCUAGCAUAGGCUACCCUUCCAAGAAGGGGGAGGGGUUUAAAAAACUAUUGUCUAUUUUGCUCAGAAGAGCAGCAAGUUACUACUGAAAAUGCAAAAAAGAAAAAAAAAUGGAAUGCAGAAGCCCCAGUGCCCUUUCUUCUCUUUUCAGUGCAGCUUUUCAAUCAGAUAGUAGGAAUAAAACAGUGAAUUCUUUAAGACUUCUCAGGCUAGAUUAACUGUUUAGCUACUCAAUGCAAAUGUUGAAUGAGUUCACAUAUGAGUCGACAGUGAGUGGAACUUUCACACAAUACUUUGUGGACCAAAAGAGAACUUUAUUGGGUUGCCCAAAUAAUUCAUGAAGGAACGAGGAGUAUUAGCACCUUUCUUUUACACUUUUUGAAAAUUAUCCUGUUGACCCACUUGGAACUGGAUGCAUUUCCUGCUAGAGCUGAUAUCCACCUAACAAAUGGAUCCAAAACCAAUGAUGGGUUGUGAUUAUAUUGUCACUGUGUCAACAAUGUGCCAAUCUAUUUUUGUAACUGUUAUUGAAAGUGCACUUUUCCUGGUGGGUGGGUAGACUGUUCAGUUGUGUACAAAAUAUUGGACAGAUUUGGAACCCAGUGGCAUCUUUGAAUCAUUGCAGUGAUAUUGUUUACUAAAGACCAGGGGACAACUUUUUUCUGUUUGCUUUAUGAAAACUACUGGAAGAGAGACACAUGGCUACAUUGGAAUAAGCUCAGAUAGUGUUUUGUAAUUCCCGAUUAUUUCAUUACCCUAACACCAACUUUUUUUCCAAGUUCAUAGUACUUAAAAAUAGCUACAUGUACAAGAAACAAAUAACUGGUGUUAUGUUUUCACCUUUGUAUGUGAUGCCUUUCAGACGUUCAAAACAAAGAUGCUAUUAUAUGAAGAUCUUGUUUUAGGCCACAUGCAUAUUUCUAAUCACUGCACUUUUCCCUCAGUGUAGAUGGUUAGAUUUGCACUUGGUAGUAUUGUUAUUUUGUACUCUAUGUUAGAGUGCAUUCCAAGUUAACAUUGAUGAUGCUCUAUGUUUAAGCAGUGUUUUAUAAAACAAAGUUGUACUGCUGAGGGCAUAUUCGGCAGCAGCCUUAGGUCCUCAUAGUAGAUGUAUACCUAACGUAAGCAUUUUUUAUUGUUGAACAAUUGUUGUUUUCAUUAGAAAUGACUGUAUAAAAUCAAAUUUAAAUUAGGGGCCAUUAAAAUUGCCACUUUUUCAUACUGCUCUGGAAUCUUAAAAACUUUAUAAACCGCAUGUUCAUAAAAUACAACGUGUAAGCUGAAAACAAAAAAGCAGACUUGUCCUAGACAAACUGCUGUAAUUUCUAUGUAUUCUGUUUUCUAAAUAAAUGUAUGUAUGCCUAGAUUCUCUCUCACACACACACAGAUCUGCAAGAUGAUAGACAGCUGAAUGUGCUUCAUAACAGGCUACAGAACAAGCAUCAGGUAAUUAAAUUACUAUUUUUAUAUAUA